AAAACAAUAGACGAACGGGCCGAACCAGACGGAAAUCCUAUACGAAAAGCCCAAAAACUUGAGUGAAACAGCAUAAAUUGGGUCAUGUGGCGUUAGUGGGCAAUCCCCCAAAUAGGACACGAUCCUCAGUCCAGAAAGCUGGAAGCAGCCGCAGUGAAAGUGAAACUAGAAGUUGUUUUGAAAAAGUGAAUUCCGCAACACAACUCCAGGAACGAUGCGCAUUUCUUGAUGCUCGUCGGAAGUCAGCAGCAAAUCGAUCGUAGCGACCGUCAAACAAAACAAAAGCAUAAAAAAGGAAAGCAGACCUUGGCCACCGUCCGCCCACUUCCCGGAAGACUAUCGCGCUGGUACGAUGUACUGCUUGCAAUGCCUGAUACCGGUGCUGCUCAUUCCGAAACCCACGAAUCCGGCCCUGAUGCAAACGCACGUCAUGUUUAUCGUGCUCUACCUGAUCGGGUUCUUUCUGGAGCGUAAGCCGUGCACCAUCUGCAGUGUCGUCUUCAUCAUGGCCGUGUUUCUGAUCUGCAACAGUGGCGUAGGGAACUGUUUGUUCUGGGGCAACUGCGAAGGACACACGUGCGAGAAUGGAUAAGUUGGUGCCGGUGACCAAUCCGGCGGAUGGCGCCGUCCUUUCUUCCGUAGUCCCUGAUAGCCUGCUUUGUUCCUGUUUUGUGUUGGAGUGACACCCUUCUUUCCCCUUCUGAGUUACGGCACAGGUUGAAUUGUGAACCACGGAUGAAAACGGCCAAAGAACGGAGCUUGCUGCUGAUGCCGACCACCCGCUUGCCCCGCACACACCAGCGUUACACGCGCUCUUUAAAAGAAUCCUUCUAACCGUUGAAUACCGCCAGUCAAUUUCGUUUUUAAAUUGUUACUACCCGUUUGUUUCGUUACGUUAUCGAUAUCGAUGUUAGCCUGCGUUUUUAACCAUUAGCGUAUAGAGAGAGAGAAAGCGUAGGGCCACGAGGCAUUAUAGAGUUAUGAAUCAGUCGAGAAACGCAAAAGACUGCAGCCGCAGCUGCAACACACAGGCUACUAUGCUCCCCCCCGUGGUUGUGCUUUCGCCGGGACUGAACAAAAAAAGUGAUCAUCAACCCCUCCAGAGCAGUGGAAACGAAUUGCGCAUAUGUAGUAGGCCAAGAGGUGGAUCCCUAUUUAGCGGGGGAGCGGAAUUAAAUUUGCAAUUGAAUCAAACGCUCGUUCGCCGUAAGCCGCCAUCAUCGCAGUGAUGCAAGUUUUACGUCGAUUUACUCAAUCUUAUCCGGCACUAGUGGUUUGGUCUCGAUGAUAUCAAUUAGAGUGCGCAGUUACUGCGUAGCGCUCCGCAGCGUAUCGUUAUCUUGUUCCUUGCUAACCCAAGGCUAAUGGCAAAGAGGGUGCGCCCGCGCAAUAUUCGACCGAAGGCAAUUUUAUGAUCACCAAACAUAUGUACAGAAUUAGACGGAAGCUUAGACCGGAAUACGCUUCUCUAGGAGAGAUGGACUUAACGAAGGAGGGCAGGAUGGUAGAAGAAGGAUCUUGCGAUCGCGGCUACUACGAUCCACAAUCACCGAACGGGCGCAACGGAACGGUGCGGAAGUCGAUCAAUUGCUGUAAAUAGAUAUGAACAUAAUUGUACUAUUUAUUUAUUUUUAAAACAAUACUACAACCAAUACCCCCUCCCCCCUUGCUCCCUCCCGUAGGAUAGAGUGUUAAAACGAAAGUAAUAAAUUGAAAACAAAAU